AUGCGGGACAACGGCACUCGCGAGUCGGCGUUCGUGCACGCCAUCUCGGCGGCGGGCGUCGCGCACUCGGUGACUCGCGCCUGCAGCAGUGGCGACCUCAACAAGUGCGGCUGCGACCGCAGCGUCAGAGGCACGUCGGCCGAGGGCUUCCAGUGGUCGGGCUGCUCGGACAACGUCGCCUACGGGACGACGUUCUCAGCUGAGUUCGUCGACGCACGCGACCGCGCGAAGGGCGCCAGGUCCCCGCGCAGUCUCAUGAACCUUCACAAUAACAACGCAGGUCGCAUG